CUUUUUCUCGAACCCCUCUUUCCUGGCCAUUGAAGGUUAAAUUUCUAAUAUAUCCUUGGGAAUUAACCCAUCCUCAUAUAUAUCGAAGCAAACAAAAUGCCUAGCAGACAAGAAGUUUCUUACUUUGGAGCUGGCCCUGCCCCCCUUCCCACCUCUGUCGUCGAGGCUGGCGCAAAGGCCUUUGUCAACUACAACGACUGCGGACUCGGACUCGGAGAGAUCUCUCACCGUUCUUCUACCGCGAACAAGAUUCUCGAGGACACCAAGGCUAGUCUGACCACCUUGCUUGACAUCCCCAACAACUAUGAGAUCCUGUUCAUGCAGGGUGGUGGCAGUGGAGGAUUCAGCGCAGUGGUGCAGAAUCUUGUCGGUGUUUGGAUCGAGCGCAGACGUCGAAGAGCAGAGGCCGAAGUUGUCAAGGCCAAUCCAAACGCAGACAAUACACAGCUGGACGAAUUAGUCUUCCAAACACUGCAGAAGGAGGUCAGCGAGGAGCUGAAGCUGGAUUACCUGGUUACGGGCUCUUGGUCGCUGAAGGCAUACCAGGAGGCCAGCCGGCUGGUGGGAUCCAAGUACGUCAAUCUCGCCGUGGAUGCGAGAAAGGCCAAUGAUGGAAAGUUCGGCAAGAUCCCGGAUGAGGAGACUUGGUCACUCACACCAACCAAGAAGGAGGGUGGAAAGGGCUCCGCAUUUGUCUACUACUGUGACAAUGAGACCGUGGACGGAGUUGAGUUCCCAGACUUCCCUAAAUCUCUGGAGCCUCAAGGUGUGGAUGAGGAAGAUGAGAGAAUUGUGGUGGCCGACAUGAGCUCCAACUUCAUCAGCAGAAAGAUCGACGUCAGCAAGUACUCGGUUAUCUUUGGCGGCGCCCAGAAGAACAUUGGUGUCACUGGUAUCACCAUCGUCAUUAUAAAAAAGUCCCUCCUUCCCCCACAGACAGCGACUCCCCCGGCACCACUCCUUCAGCGGUUGAACAUCGGUGGUCUCCCCGGUGCAGUCGUUCUCGACUACGCUACCAUUGCCAAGAACAACUCUCUCUACAACACCCUGCCCAUCUUCAACCUUUGGGUUGCCGGCCAGGUCAUGGCCGACCUUGUCAGCGCAUACGGGGCCCAGAAGAUCAGUGGCCAAGAAGAAAUUUCAAACCGCAAAGCAAAUAUCAUUUAUUCAGUCUUGGAUAAAUACCCACAGGUUUACCGCGUUGUCCCGGACAAGAGUGUCCGAAGCAGAAUGAACAUCUGUUUCCGUGUUCACGGCGGAGAUGCUGAGAAAGAGAAGGAGUUCCUGGCUGGGGGUGAGAAGCUGUUGCUCCAGGGUUUGAAGGGCCACCGCAGUGUUGGAGGCAUGCGGGCCAGCAACUACAAUGCUGUGCCGCUGGAGAAUGUCCAAAAAUUGGCCAAGUACCUGGAGGAUUACGCCACUGGACAGUAGACGUCAUUCUUCUAUACAGAUGAUAGGGGACGCGGUAGGUGAAGCAACCGAAAUAAUCAACAACAGAUAGUUGUGAGGUUUAUUCAACAUAGCGCCUGAGAUAUGGUACAGAGAAGGAAAAAGUCAUUUAUGAUACACGGGACAGAGCGGGUCCUGGAGGCUGUCAAAGCUUCCAGACGAUCCAACCCUUCAGAUCGAGCUCUUGAAUGAUCCCUUGAAGCGGGCCUUGGAGUUCUACUCCUUGCGCCCAAAGCUUUGGUCCUGCCAUAUAGCUGAUGAAUCCUUCCGGUCCUGAAAGAAGGAUCAUUUUACUUUUGCAAGAGCUCUCCGAAGCACGUGUAGAAUCAGUGAAGUCCAAAAUAGCCUUCUUUCCGAUAGCUUUGUUUUCUUCAUCCACAAAAUAAUCCACAGUAACUUGACCUGGGUAUUGGGAUUUGAGAGCUUCCAGCUCUCGGACCAUUAGAGAUGUAGAGGUGUCCUUUUGCAGUUCUGCC